AUGUCUUCUGCUAAACCUAACAAUGUUGAAGCAUCUGGUGACGCCAGUAUGACGCCAUUACAACUUUGUUUGGCUUCGGUCGAGCGCAUGUUAACCGUGCUGGCAGACUCAGUACUGUACGAGCAGCCACCAGUUCGCCGUCGCAAAUUGGAGCACCUUAUAAUUGAACACGUCCACCAACGAGAUAUUAUCCGAACUCUUGUGCGAAGCGGUGUCACUUCAGCACGAGCUUUUGACUGGCUUAGUUGCAUGCGUUUCUACUUUGAUCCAAAGCAAUCGGAUCCUUUGAAGCAGGCCAGUAAUCUUUUUGCUCUUUCUUGA